AAAUCAGAAAAUGUUGUUUUAAUUCUUCUAAUUGUUUUUCAAGAUGAACCUGGAUUUUUUGUUAGAAUCUAGGAAUAAAUCUUUAUUAAACGCUGCAAAGAUUCUCUUACUGAAGGCAAAUGAAUCCCAUCUUAAGCAAUACAGAACAUCAGGAAGAGGAGAUUACAAGAGAUGUGGAUUUAAGUGACAAAAGGUCAUCAGAAGUCAUCGAGACUUUAGUGUCAGAGCGGAUUUCAAAGCAUUAUCCCGAUAAAAUCCUUGAACUUUGUGUCAGAACACAACAAUCGGAUACUUUUUUUCUUGCAGUUUUCCUUCUUUUGUAUUCCAAGGUGACACGAAGUCCAAACUAUCUGUUUUUCUUCCAUUAUCACCAUUUAGUGCAAGUUGACCCUCGUUGCAUUCCUUUAGAGGUUGAAGGCACGAAUAAAAAACACUCAGGAAUGUGAGUCAGAUGCCGAGGGCUUGAAUAUAUCGGGAUUUAAUCCGACUCUGGAGAGAGGAGCUUAUUGGAGCCUUAAUUGAUCAUGAUUAGGGGUCGGACGAUUUGGCUAGGUGGAAUUAGACCCACCACCUGCUCUGUAUGAAUAUGCAACACAUUGGCCCACCCCUUUCUCUUUUCAUGCCACGUAGCCACCCCAGGCAUGGUGUUGACCAACCUUUUAGGCAGCUUGCAGCUAAAGGAGGACAAAAGCUUUUGAGAAGAUCUCAGACAGGCCACGAGAUCCAUUGUGCCUUUAACAAUGUUGUUUAGUCCUGCUGAUAUGAUGUCCUUGGGCUGAUGUCUCCAUGUCAAGCAGCAGGCUGAUGGGAGGCUAUUCCACAGCUGCUCGUGCAGCACAGCUUGGAUAUGACUUUGAAUAGCUAUUCAGGCCGUGAUGGUUUUCUAGUAAAGAACCCAAUUUGACGUUCGGUUGUGAUGUUUUCCAUUUGCAGGGGCUGAUAGAGUCACAUUUUCUGAGCAAUACAGGCUUUCAGAAGCGCUCGCAGCAGCUUUAAAAGCGCUCCGGUGCCGUUUUGUGUUCUCGUGUGGCUUUCUGAGCAGGGUCCAGUUUGACUGAGCGACCACAGUUAUGUGGUCCAUAGAGAAAUGGAGGCAUGUGUGGGCUUUGAGACUGACGGCGGUCUCCAGUUAGGCUCCGCUUGGAUAAGGCUCAGUCACAACACUGAAGGAAUGGGAUUUUGAAGAAAAGUUCUGCCGCUUCUUUUAUUUUUAAUUAAUUGAAAGCGAUGCCAUUUUGGCCCCAUAUUUGAGGUUCUCUGCACCCCAGAAAUCCAUCAAAGCUGAUUCGACUCUAGUUCCCUUCUGUGUAACUCCUUUUUCCAUCCCUGCUCUUGAUCACCUCUAAUCACUCUUGUCCUUUCUUCAUACCCUCACUCGUGCACACUUGGACGCACACUUUCUUUCUGUUGCUGGCUGCGUCUUCAGCCUCCUCCUGGGGUCUCUGUGGUAUUUAGGGUCAGACAAGGGCUCCAGUCAUUGCGCCCGCCACAGUGCCUCCCAUGCUGGGCUGCAGCCCUUAUACGCCAGCUAGUCUCACCCAAUCACCUCAAACUGCUCUGAAAAAAAUAAAAAUAAUGCUCCUUUGGCUGCUCUUGAGUCUUGCAUCCUCCUCCCAGCCAAUGGAAAAGCUGGAUGCUGGAAAAACAACACAUCUGACUCGUGGAGACUCUUAAUGAAUGAAAGCUAUAAAACAUCUUGCUGUCUUUCUGAGCGAGCUCUUCUCACUUUUUCCACCCUUACUCACUGGCUUUUCCUCUUGGCGCUGACUUCAACUAGUCAGCCAGGGAGGGUUGUGAUUCGCUGCUCCUCCAAAGCCGGGAGGGGAAGGAGUUUCCACGUGUUCUCCAGUGUGUCUGAGUCAGAUGCAGUGUGUGUGUGUGUGUGGCGAAAACUCACCGGCAGAGAGAAUCCACUUUGAGAUUCAGAGAACAGCAGCUAGGUUCCUCCUUUGCAAGCUCUUCAAAGAGCUUGUAGAUUAAAGCUGGAGUCACAGAGGUGAGCAGGACGACAGAGGAAUGAGGUGGUCUUGAGAAAUGAGGUUUCCAAUAACGGGUCCAGAGUGAAACAAGACCGUUGGACAGGAUGGGGAAUUCAGAGAGCCAAUACAGCAUCGAUGGUCCAAAAGGCACUAGCUUCAUUUUCCCUAAGAAACAGAAGCCAUAUUCACAGAAGCUCAACUCAACCAAAGAUGACGUUUUGUCUCCACACAUGUGGUGGAAAAACGCCUCACUGGGCUCAGGGUAUAAGGCUAGGUGUGUUGGCCCUAGAUGCCUGUCACCUCCUAAGAGCAGGCUGUCUUUCUCUGCCCAACACUGUGACUUUGUCUCCAAGAGAGCAACAGGCGCCGCAAGUGAACAUCGCUGGUAUCGAUCCCCUGGAUGUGGUCUACGAAGACGGCACGAGUCGGAUGACUAUGAGGAGAAUCCAUACGGAGCUGCGCUCAAUGGGCUCGCUCUUAAAGGACACAGUGACGACCACGAGGUUUUAGAAGAGCAGAGCAGUCCAAGGGUGGUCAUCAAGAAGGAUGGUACUCUCAGGGUGGAGUUCACCAACACCUCAGGCAACACGCUUCUCCUGGAUGAGGCCUCUGGUCCCGUUCAACUGCUCAAGUUUUCCCCCAAAUUAGAAUCUGCCUCCAAUCCCAGCCUGCCUGGUUCCAGUGGAAGUAGGCAGGAAGUCCACCGCAGUGGUCCACCACCAGCCUCUACCUCCUCUACAGCCAGAACCAGCAAAGGAAGCUCGCUGAGCUCCGAAGGCUCCUGGUAUGACUCCCCGUGGGGACCCAGUACAGAGCUUGUUGAGCAGGACCAACCUUGCUCUGCUAGUAGGACAUUAGCAAACUCCCCCAUUCACCAGCUUGACACGUUUACAGAGCAGUCCACCUCUGAAUCCAUUACAAACCUUUAUAGGGACUCUGCAAUGGCUGCAACGUUCCCCACAACCAGUGACUUGUUGCAGUUACAACAGCCUAUGAUGGGGCAGAAAGCACACCGGGCCUCCUUUGCUUCCAUAAUGGACGUUCCUUUGGAGGAGGAAUGCCCAGAAUCUCACCAUUACUUGUCAUACACCCUGCCUUGUCGCAGGCCCAAAGCACACACCAUUAGCGACCAGACGUCUCACCAGGAGACGAGUGGGCACGAAUUUGCCUUCCAUAAGAAGGACUCCAUUAAAAGUCGCAUCAGACGCUUCAGUGAUUGGACAGGCAGCCUCAGCCGCAAGAAGAAAAAGUCUCAGGAGAUGAGGUACAAGGACCAGAACGAUGCCUUCGACAGUGGAGUAGAUGGUCUGACCGCAGACACCAGCUCCCCCUCACAGGUCUCCAGCCUCGUUUGGUUCCCUCGAGCCUCUAGGGCUCAGUCUUCAGGAGCCAUUCACCAAAACACCAGCGACGCCCUUCGCCAGAAUAUCUACGAGAACUUCAUGAGGGAACUGGAGAUAGGAACUGGGCAAGGUGGAGACAGAAGAGAUCCGUCCACGGGGACGGAAGAGGAUGGGAGCAGCAGUGAGUCGGCCGACGGCUCCCUGGAGCAGAUGGAGAUUCUGUUUGAGAAGGAGCAGGGAGUGGUCAGGCGGGCUGGCUGGCUCUCCUUCAAACCUCUGGUCACCCUGCACAAAGACAGGAAACUGGAACUGGUCACCCGACGCAAGUGGAAGCACUACUGGGUGACCCUGAAAGGCUGUACGUUGUUGUUUUAUGAAACUUAUGGGAAAGGCUCUGCAGAGCAGGAGCUGUCGCCCCGAUACGCCCUUUUGGCCGAAGAUGGCAUCGUUCAGGCUGUCCCCGAACACCCCAAAAGGGAGAACGUCUUCUGUCUGAGCAACUCGUACGGAGAUGUCUACCUGUUCCAGGCCAGCAACCAGACGGAUCUGGAGAACUGGGUGACGGCCAUCCACUCCGCCAGCGCCUCGCUGCUCGCCAAGCGCCAGGGGAAGGAGGACACGGUGCGCCUGCUGCGGAGCCAGGUCCGAGUGCUGCUGCAGAAAAUCGACAUGGAUGGGAAGAUGAAGAAGAUGGCCGAGCUACAGCUGACUGUUGUCAGCGACCCUAAAAACCGCAGAGCCAUUGAGAACCAGAUCCAACAGUGGGAGCAGAACCUGGAGAAGUUCAACAUGGACCUGUUCAGGAUGCGUUGCUACCUCGCCAGUCUUCAGGGAGGAGAGCUGCCAAACCCAAAGAGCCUGCUGGCCAUCGCAAGCCGCCCCACUAAAAGCACCCUGGGCCGCCUUGGGAUUUUCUCUGUGUCCUCCUUCCAUGCACUGAUCUGCUCCAGAGACGAGACCACAGCAAGGAGGCGCUCGCUCUCCCUGACCUGCAGACAGCGCAAGAGAAGCCUGUUCUCCUCUCUGAAAGCCCUCGACAACCUUAUGAAGAGGGGCCAGGACAAGAGACCCUCUGCAUCGCAGAUCUUUGAGAGCGACGCUGGAGGUCAGACUUACACCCUGCCACCAAAGAGCUCUGAGAGGCUGAACAUACUGACCAGCAUCUACUCCAUGUCGCCCCCUGAUGGGGGUAUUUGGGAGAACCUCAGUGGGGCCACAGACAGGCUGAUGAGUGUUUACAUGCCAGACGGCCUGACGGUCCAAGUUCCCACCAGAAGAGACCAGACAGCUGCAGACCUUCUCUGUGCAGCUUGCAAGGUGAAGCAGCUGGACCCGGCCUUGCACGGCCUCCGACUGCAGUGGCGGGCGGGACGGGACGUGGAGGUCCGAUUCGUGGCUCCCGGCGAGCUCCUCUGCGAUGUGGUCGGUGAUCAGCUGGAGGUGGUUCCGGCUAAUGUGUUCACACUGCACAUGAGGAGACCAAGCAGCACUACCGACUUUGGAUUUGCAGUGACGGGACACAUCGACAACCAGAAGAACAGCAGGAUUUUUGUCAGUGAAGUUCUCCCUGAAGGAUCGGCCUUUAAUGAAGGUCUGCGUCCGGGAGAUGAGAUCCUGGUGCUGAACGGCCGUUGUGUGUCCACUUUGGACCUGACGUUGAUCCAGACUCUGUUUGCUGAACACACCCUGCACCUGAGGCUGAGACGGGACGGUUGUGUCCCGUCAGCUCCGACGUCGGACCGUCUGAUCUCUUCAUCCAAUCACAGCCAGGAGUUUCGUAGCAAACACCACCGAGCCAAGUCCUCGUCAGACGUGUUUGCUGCAGCCGACAGCGGAGAGGCCCGGUGCGUAGGACCAGAGAACGAUCACUCCCACUGUGCACACCGGCUCGUUCAGCACAGCAAGAGCGUGGACGCGGUCUGCACCCUCUACCAGUCCUUCCAUGAAGGCUCCAGCUCAGGAGUCAGGGAUGUGAUGGACGACAUCAGGGAACUGUCCGCGACGAGGGGAGGGGAACUUGGCUCAGGUGGAACCAGAGAUGGAACGCUGCUCAGACCUUGCCCCAAGCAUUUGAGCGCCACUGAGAGGCUGCGCAAGGUCAUCCAGGAGCUGGUGGACACGGAGAAGUCCUACGUGAAGGACCUGGAUAGCUUGUUUGAGAUUUACCUGAAACCACUGCAGAACGAAACCUUCCUUCCACAAGACGAGAUGGAGAGCCUGUUUGGAAGCCUUCCUGAGAUGCUGGAUUUCCAGAGGGUCUUCCUGCAGACCCUGGAGGAGAGGAUCGCCUCCUCACCUGACUUCAGCACCCUCGAGACUCCGUCACAGUUUAAGAAGCUGCUGUUCUCCCUCGGGGGUUCGUUCCUCUACUACGCCGACCACUUCAAGCUCUACAGCGGCUUCUGUGCAAACCACAUCAAAGUCCAGCAGGUCCUGAAGAGAGCUAAAACGGAUCAGGCCUUCAAAGAAUUUCUGGACGCGAGAAACCCCACGAAGCAGCACUCGUCCACUUUGGAGUCGUACCUGAUUAAGCCGGUGCAGAGGGUGCUCAAGUACCCCCUGCUGCUGAGGGAGCUGGUCUCUCUGACUGACGCAGACAGCGAGGAGCACUACCACCUCAGCGAGGCUCUGAAAGCCAUGGAGAAGGUGGCGAGCCACAUCAACGAGAUGCAGAAGAUCUACGAGGAGUACGGCCCGGUGUUUGAUCAGCUUGUCGCUGAGCAGACCGGCCUCGACAAAGAGGUCACAGAGAUUUCCAUGGGAGAGUUUCUCAUGCAUUCCUCAGCGCUCUGGCUCAACCCGCACCCGUCGCUGGGCCGCAUGAGAAAAGAUCCAGAACUUACCGUGUUUGUUUUCAAGAAAGCGGUGAUAUUGGUCUACAGGGAAUACAACAAGCUGAAGAAGAAGACGAAUCCUCGUUCAGCACUUUGUCACGGCGACUCGGACCCGUUCAAGUUCCGACGGCUCAUCCCGCUCUCCUCGCUGCAGGUCAGGCUGGGAAACGCUGCAGGAACAGGCGCAGAAAGCAGCUGCAUCUGGGAGCUGAUCCACUCCAGGUCCGAGGUGGAGGGCAGACCGGAGACGGUGUUCCAGCUGUGCAGCAGGUCAGAGAUUACACUCCCACCUGAUUUGCUUUUGCUUUACGGCGGUAAAUAUGGCGCCUGUAUCCCACAGGUCAAAGUUUACACUAUGGGCGCCGGCGGUCAGAGUUGGGGGCCCCAGGCGGCCGUCGACCUACGCCUAAUGGUAAAACCGCCACUGAUGAGACACGGGGGUCCAAGCUAG